UUCUAGUUUUAGUUUAAUUUGUUUAUACUUUUGUGUUACACGUUUCUUCUCACAUGUUUAUUAUUCUUCUUGAAUAAACAAGAUUAUAAAAUACUUCGCCGUGUACAUUUGACUAGCCUUGACAGGUUAUGAGCUCAGCAACGUAUUAAAACUGCGAAAAAUUAAAGAAGUGAAAAUUUCGACAAAAAUAUAAGUAAAGUCUUUGUUGCAAUAAUCAUGGCGACAAUAGCGAGCACGCAACACAUCGAAAAAUUAGACAAGACGAACUUCGAGUCAUAGAAGUUAACAAUGAAGAUUGUGCUAAUUUGCAACGAAUUGUGGUCUUACGUAAAUGGGACAGCAGUAAAGACCGAGCAAACCCAGACCGAAUGGACGCUAAAGGACGAAAAGCCAUUGGCAUUAAUUAUGUUGAGUAUCAAAAGCAAUCAGUUAAAUCAUACAAAAAGAGUUCAGACGUCAAAAGAAGCUUGGGACACAUUGGUGCAGAUGUAUGAAUCGAAAGGUCCGGUAAGAAAAGCUGUUUUAUAUAAAAGAUUGUAUCGUAUGGAACUUUUGCAAAUAAUGGCAUCGUAUAUUAAUACGUUCUGUAACGUGGCCGAAAAAUUAAAAGAGGUAGGAAUACAAAUAUCGAUAGAAUUAUUAUCCAUUAUGAUCCUGAAUUCAUUACCAACCGAAUACGAGAAUUUUUAUGUAGCAAUCAAGUCUAAGGAUGAAAUACCGAGCAUUGAGUCAUUAAAGGCAAAAUUAAUAGAAGAGGAAGCGAGAUGGUUAGAACAUGACAACAAACACGCCAUUUAUGAAGAUGAGAACGACACCCUCAUUGCUAAAAACAAGCACAAAUCAAACAAAAAUACACAUGCCAAGUGCAAAUCAACGCGAUAUAAAAUUAAAAACAAAAUUUACAGGUAAAUGUUUUAAUUGUGGUAAAAUUGGAAACAGAGCUUCUGAUUGCAAGUGUACAAAGAAACAAACUACAAAAAAGAAUGCAAAAGAUGUAAUGUCAGCAACUCAGUCUUAUCUAUCUUAUCUUUUGAGUCGUCAGCAAGUCAGUGUUAUCUUUUGAAACAUGCAAAUCGACCAAAUGGUACUUAGAUAGUGGAACAACAUGAAAUAUGUACAACAAUUCCAAAAAAUUUUUUGAGUUGGACUAUACAAAAAAAUGUGAAAUUCACUGCAGAACAUCGGACGGAAUCAACAGGAGCAGGAUUUUAUUGAAUAACGACGAGGUGUCUAACCACAUCAGUAUCUCACACCAGGAUCUCGUACAUAGGAUCUGAGACUUGGUUAUUUAAAUCAAGAUGGUUACGGAAUCGGAGAAUAAUACUAAAUCCAAGAAUUUCACCGUAGAAAAUAAUGUUUACAUAGGCGAAGUGGUAUCUUAUACGAGUAAUUAUAAGAGUUUCGGAGAGAUGAUCUGGGAUAGCAUUAAAAACAAUGGAAAUAAGAUCGCACACUUGGAUGCUCUCACGGAAGAGGUGGUCACAUAUGCGGAGCUGCAAGAUAAAAUUGUGAGAUGCGCGUUAUGGCUACAAGAACAUGGAAUUAAGACGGACGAUGUUGUGACUGUGUGCACCAACAACCACCUGAAUUCUAUCGUGCCAUGUUUGGCGGCGAGUUACAUCAAUGCGAUUUUUAAUACAUGGCAUGAACAUUUGGACUUGCAAACUGCGCUACACUUUCUGCAGCUGUGUGAGCCAAAAGUGAUCUUCUGCAGCAAGCUAUCCUUGGACAUUAUCCAGAGUGCGAUAAUGAAGACGAAUUACGAUCCCAUAAUAGUAGUAUUCGGCAAUCAUCCUGACGCAAUUCCGUUCGCCAACAUUUUGAACAACUACAGCAAUAUGGAAGUGGCGAAUUUCCGAUAUGCCAAGCUCGACAACAUAAAGAGAACGGUGUGUAUCAUACAUUCAUCAGGCACCACAGGAAUGCCAAAGAGCGUUGAACUGUCCAAUUACACUCUGAUGAUGAUUAGCAUAGACCAGAAAUUCACCGCGGUGACACUUUGGUUUACGACUCUUUAUUGGAUUAGUGGAGUGGUGAUGAAUGUAAGGUCAAUCACGCAGGGUGCAAAAGUAAUCAUUUAUCCGGAAUUCGAUGAGGAAAUGACAUGCAAAUUGAUUGAAAAAUACGAGAUUGUAAUGCUUUUUCUAAGCACGAGUAUGAUCAAUCGAUUUCUCAGAGCGGGUUAUGUAAAGAAGUAUUCAUUACCGUCGUUAAGAAUCAUAUUUGGCGGUGGUGCAAUUCUCAAGCCGAAAUCUCAAGAAGAAUUGAGACGUCUUUUACCGCACGUCGAAAUACUUCAAGUUUACGGAAUGACGGAAGUCGGCGGGGUGGCAGUGAGGCAAAACCCGAAUCAUAAGAACGGGUCUUGCGGAACGGUAGUUCCAAAUGUACAAAUAAAGAUCGUGGACCCGGAAAGUGGAAAAGUCAUGGAACCGAAUCAAUCGGGAGAAAUAUGGAUACGCUCGAAGAACAUGAUGAAUGGUUAUUACAAGAAUCCUGAAGCGACAAACAAUACAGUUGAUAAAGACGGAUGGCUACAUUCAGGUGAUAUUGGUUAUAUCGACAGCAAUGGAGAACUUUUUAUUUUUGACAAAAUAAAGGAGCUUAUGAAAUAUAGGAACUUUCAAAUAUCACCUGGAGAAAUUGAGGCUGUAUUACAGUUACAUCCAGGAGUGUUGGAAGUUGCAGUAGUAGCGGUACCUCAUGCAACAGACGACGAACAUCCUCUUGCAUAUGUUAGCAAAAAGCCCGGCUUCAAGGUGACGGAAAAAGAAUUGAUAGAUCUCGUUGCAAGUAAAAUGAGUGAUCAAUACAAAUUGCGUGCCGGAGUGAUAUUUCUGGAUACUUUUCCGUACACAGGUUCUGGGAAAAUCGCAAGGAAGGAUUUAAGAGCAAUGGCUAAAAAACUAGAAAAAGUAGAAUAAAAUGAUAUUAAUUAUAAUUUCUUCACAAUGGUGCAGGAUUUAUUUAGUAGUGUCAUUUUCUGAACUUUGCCAAAAACUUUUUUCCUGACUUAGUAGUGUCGUUUUUUGAACUUUGCCGGAGACACUACCGCGUCUCCUGAUAUAUACAUAGAGUAGAUGAAAAAAAGCUAAAUUCUUAAAUUUCAUAUUUAAUUUAUGUAUAUUUUUAU